UGUCAUCUCAUCUUCUUCCCCAAGUGGAUCAUUCACGAGACUUUCACACGCCACUUAUCGUUUCCCGUGAGCCCCACCGCCGCGACUUGGCUUUUAAUUGCGGUUAGACGACCACCGUCGCUUUCACAUCCUCGGAAUCUCCGUUUCGGAAAAUGAUGGGCUCAGAGAAUGACGACGAGGCCCAUCUUCACGCCUCCACGGAGGAUAUGGAGAAUCUCUUCCUCCGCGAUGAUGUCGAUCCCUUGGCGACUAGCGAUGUCAACGGCGAUAAAUCCAACUCCGGUUCGCGCCACCUGCUCUCUCCACCGCCGAUUACCGUCACUCCGGCCGAUUCCGAUCCACUCUCCGCGCCGCCUCGAUCGAAACCAAACGGCGGCGGCGGCGACAGCAGGUCCUACAUCGAGCCGCCGUCAUACGCAGACGUGAUCUUCAGCCCUUUCGACGAUAACUCCGAGAUCAACGGCUCAGACGAAGGAAGUCAUCACUCCUCAGAUUCCCUCUCUAGAUCUCCCUCCUCUUCCUCCACCACCUCCGAUUACAUCAAGAUCACAGUCUCCAGCCCUCAGAAAGAGCAAGACUCUUCAACAACCUCAAUCAUCUCCGCGGGAAGCGCUUACAUCACCUACCUGAUCACAACCAAAACCAACCUCCCCGACUACGGAUCCGGAUCCGGAUCCGAGUUCAGCGUGCGGAGGAGGUUCAGAGACGUGGUCACGCUGGCGGAUCGUUUAGCCGAGUCUUACAGAGGCUUCUGCAUCCCACCGAGGCCUGACAAGAGCGUGGUGGAGAGCCAGGUGAUGCAGAGGCAAGAGUUCGUCGAGCAGAGGCGAGUCGCCUUGGAGAAGUACUUGCGCAGGCUCGCCGCGCAUCCAGUGAUUAGGAAGAGCGAUGAGGUGAGGGUGUUUCUUCAGGUGGAAGGGAAGUUGCCGCUGCUGGCGAGCGCUGACGUGGCGUCUAGGAUGCUGGAUGGGGCCGUGAAGCUGCCUAAACAGUUGUUUGGUGGUGAAGGAGGAGGAGGAGUUUCUGUUGUUGAGGUGGCUCAGCCGGCUAGAGGCGGUAGAGAUUUGCUGAGGUUGUUUAAAGAGCUUAGACAGUCUGUGUCUAAUGACUGGGGUGGGUCUAAGCCAGCUGUUGUGGAAGAAGAUAAAGAGUUUUUGGAGAAGAAGGAGAAGAUGCUUGAUCUUGAGCGAGAGAUUGUUAAUGCUUCACAGCAGGCUGAAACACUAGUGAAGGCACAGCAAGAGAUGGGGGAGACUAUGGGGGAAUUGGGAUUAGCGUUCAUCAAGCUGACGAAAUUCGAGAACGAAGAAGCUGUCUUCAAUUCUCAGAGAGCUCGUGCCAACGAUAUGAAGAAUUUAGCUACUGCAGCUGUAAAAGCAAGCAGGUUUUACAGAGAGUUGAAUUCUCAGACGGUCAAGCAUUUGGAUACACUCCAUGAUUACCUUGGCCUAAUGAUGGCGGUCCAGGGGGCGUUUGCAGAUAGAUCUAGUGCUUUACUGACUGUGCAGACGCUUUUGUCUGAGCUUUCUUCACUGGAAGGAAGAGCAGAGAAGCUGGAAGCUGCGUCGUCAAAGGUAUUUGGGGGAGACAAGUCAAGGAUUAAGAAGAUAGAAGAGAUAAAAGAAACAAUCAGGAACACUGAGGACGCCAAGAAUGUAGCCAUCAGGGAGUACGAGCGGAUCAAGGAAAAUAACUGGAGCGAGGUUGAAAGGCUAGACAGAGAGAGGCGUGCAGACUUCUUGAAUAUGAUGAAGGGGUUUGUUGUUAACCAGGUUGGAUAUGCAGAGAAGAUCGCCAGUGUGUGGACAAAGGCUGCAGAGGAGACUAGUCAAUACGAUAGAGAGAGCUCUUAACAGGAAGCAGCCCUAUUCUCUUCAUUCGUGAUUUUGUGCUUAAGACCAAUUUUACUUUGUUUUCAUAGAGUUACACUUCACGUUUCGAUUUGUGUAUUUGUUUAUCCGAGUUGGGUGUUAAAAAAAGUCGAGCAACAAAUAAAUAAUCUGAUAAGGAAACAUAGAAGCCAUCUGUUCAUUGAUCUUA